AUGCAGAAGUUGAACUCCAGCGGGACGCACGGCGGCGCGCUGCCCCGGGACGCGGAGCUCCAGCUGCGCCUGGCUGACAGCGGGGCAGCCGGGGAAGGGAAGGAGAACGGAGCAGGGAAACAUUUCCUCACGCAGCCCCAGCAGGAAAACUCGUUUUGUACCAAGAGAAAGAUGCUCGUCGGUUUGGAUUUAAUAUGCUUAUUUGUUGGCCGUACGGAUCUGCCGCUUUUUGAGCAUGUUGUUGGCCAGGUGCAGAGGUUUGCUUACAGCUGGCUGACAGAUGAUACAUUAAUCCAGAAAUAUUUUGUUUUUUCCUCUUCUCCCCCAUUCCUUUUUCUUUUCCACAAACUUUCAGCCUCUAUCCCAUUUUUUGCAUGUGAAUUAAAGGCAGUGACUCCUUAUAAACGAGGUUUUUUCUGCGGAGACCCCAGCAUCACCUAUCCAUACGUGGAGAGAGAGGCCAUCCCUGACACUCUGCUCAUUGCUGGAGGAAUUGCCAUCACAGGCUUAACAAUUGCACUGGGUGAAUGCUACCGGGUACGUUUUCGUGGAGUGCACUCACGGGCCUUUGUUCGAAAUCACUAUGUAUCGUGUCUCUACAAAGAACUUGGGAGCUUCCUGUUCGGGUGCUGUAUCGGUCAGUCCCUCACGAAUAUGGCCAAGCUGAGCAUAGGUCGCCUGCGACCCAACUUCCUCUCCGUGUGUAACAUCACCUACGCGUCCAUUAACUGCACCCCCGAUAGUUAUGUGUCCCAGGUCACCUGCAGGCAGCCUAACCAGAAGAUGGUGGAGGAGGGAAGGAAGUCGUUUUUUUCAGGCCACGCUUCCUUCGCAAUGUACACCAUGCUUUAUCUGGCGUUUUACCUGCAGGCGCGAUUUUCGUGGCGAGGGGCUCGGCUAUUGCGUCCGCUAGUGCAGUUCCUCCUGAUCAUGAUGGCGAUCUAUACCGGCCUGAGUCGCAUCUCGGACUACCGUCACCACCCCACCGACGUGCUCACUGGCUUCAUCCAAGGGGGGCUGACUGCAUACUGGGUGGCUUUCUACAUCUCCUCCAUGUUUAAGCCCUGCACACAUCCAGAUCUGUCUCCAACAAGCAUGUCCCUGGAGAGUCCACUGUCCAGCCAACAAACUGUUUGCUAG